AGACAAUGUUCAUGUUUAAAAGAGUAAUUCAUCCUUCCACAAGCUCAAAACAAGGCAGCUCGCGAGCUUAGCUCGACAAGCCACCGAAUCAAGCUAGCUCGCGAGCUUAUCAAGCUGAGCAUGGUCUAGCUCAGGCUUGGCUCGUUAACUAACGAGUUGGCUCGCGAGCCGGCUUGUUAAAUAACGAGUCGAGUGUCGAACGAGUUUUUCCCGAUUCGAACGCCGAGUUGCUCGCGAGCGGCUUGGCUCAUUUGCAGCCCUACCUACACGACUAUAAACGGGCCCAAGCCCACUGUAAGGCGUCCUAGGCCCAAGCCCAAUCAAGGAAGCCCAAACCCUAUAUAAGGAGGCCUUACCCUCCAAACUAAGGAUCUUCUCUUUUCCCUUCCUCACUUUCCCCUAAGGUCUCUCUCUACUUUAUCUCUCUACAUACCAUACACUCUCCUAUAUCGUACUAACUUGGGCGUCGGAGCGUAUCCCGGGGGCCGCCCCCCGCCUCACAGGUUCUUCCACUCCCGAGGAGAUCGGACGAGGGAGUCCAGAUCGGAGCCCCAUAACCGCCUAGUACUUUCUAGGCUCAAACAAUUGGCGCCCACCGUGGGACAAUGAUUUGGAAUUCUAGUGUUCGAUUUUUGAAGGAGGGGAGAAAUCGGUUCCUCCUCUACCAACUACAAGCAACAACGGCAGCCCUCGUCACCAACUACCAAAUCCUAAGAAGAGCCGCCUGAGCUCUCGACAAAAAGGGAAAAAUGGAUCGACGACAAAGCCGGAUGAAACAAGCAACCAUAAUAAAUAAAGUCAAAAGGAAGAAGCAGAGUGUAGACGAAAUUCCACCAAGAUUUGGGGAUAUUUUCUUUUGUUUGAACAAGAAGAAGAGCCGGUCAACUCUCAAAAAUAAAAAAAAGACUAGUAGAGCUUCUCCUCAUCUGUCUUCCUCAUCAAUUCAAUCAGAUCUGCCUCUCUCUAGAGCGUCCUCGUCACCUUCUGAGACAAACCAGAUCCAAUCGAAGAACAACACUGGAAAAUUUACAGAUUUCGGCCGGCGGCUACUCCUCCCCCAAGACACUCACCGCCGACUUCCUCUUCCCUAUGGAGGAACUUUCCUCCGCGAACCACAGGCAGUAGCAGCUAGAAAGAAGAAGAAAGAAAAUAUGGUCGCCGCGACAUGUCAAGGUUGGAGCUCCGACGACGUGAAGAAGAAGUCGUCGCUACAGUUCUCGCUGCUCCUGUCACGUCGCCGCCCUCCCGCUCUAUCGCUGACCUCGGAAAAAGGUGGACUACUCCACUACAAGUAGUGGUCUCGGCAAAUGAAAAAGGGGGAAUAGUCAAGCCAAUUUCUCUCUCUGUCAGAAGAAAAGACGGGCACAGUUCUCAAUGUGGCCACUUGCCCACGUUGAUCCUAGACUUGAGGCCCUUUAAAAAAAAGGGUUAUGUAAGAAGAAACGCUAGCGGAAAUGGAGCCUAACGCGCCUGACAUUAUGCUAAGCGUUCAACCGUCUGCUCAUGGUUGUCAUGCCGGUGGCAUGCCACCCGGUUGAACCUAGUUCAACCUGUGCUGGUCAUAAAAUCGGCAUGACAUCACCGGCAUGACCUGUAUGAUCGACUUACGCAUUCUAAGUAAAAUGACAUCAUUUUAAUGAAUUUAAUGAAUAAAAAUAAUAAUUUAUUAUUCAUUUUAUGAAUGUAAUAGUUAAAAGUUGAUGAUAUUUGUUGGAUUGUAACUAAAUUGUCCACAAAAAUGUUUUAUAUAUGAUUAAAUACAUUGGAUAUUAAUUAUUUUCACAUUUUUUUAGACCGGCAUGAACCGGCACAAACUGGUUAUACCACCGGUCGUACCAUUCCACUUGCCAAACCGGCACAACGGUAUAAACCGGUUUGACAACCUUGCGUCUGCUAGAAGACAUCCUUAUUCAACAAAUCAAUGCCAUGCCACCACAAUCCGGCCCGCACAACAUUUGGAGAAGUAACACGGCCCACUACGCGUCCAAAAAUCGGCCCACCGCUCAUCAGCCUCCCACCAGCCCAUCUCCACAGGCGCGAAGACAGCCUACCACCGCUCUAUGCAAGCAAGGACAGCCCUUCAUCACACCAGCGCGGCAAAUACAGCCCACCAGAGCAACCUCACAACUGUCCCACCUUACAAGCCCACACAUUCUGGCUCCAUCUAGCCUGCCGACAUCCAACGGGCCGCCUCCAAGGGAGUGAAUCAGAUGUGGGCCGCCCCCAAUCACAUGGGCCCAGUUCAGCUCCCACCAACCGCCAAGUACUGGCUUCGUGUCAUCUGACCCGUCUCAAAUUCGAGAGAAGCCCCGCUUUCCACAACUCACCAAGAACCGAGAAGCCUCCCCUCGCCAGCCCGUCUCACGACAGAAGAUCUAGCACGCGGCCCAUUAGUCCAAGAUCGCCUUCAGCCCAUCUCCACAAAGCAGACCGCCCAAAUGUUGAACCCGCCACGCAUUUGAGACACGGACCGCAUUAAACUUCACCACAGGCCCUCUGAAGCCCGCCUUCAGCCCAUCUCCACAAAGCAGACCGCCCAAAUGUUGAACCCGCCACGCAUUUGAGACAACGGACCGCAUUAAACUUCACCACAGGCCCUCUGAAGCCCGGCUCCCCUAGGCGGCCCAUGCACGCGUCCACGGCCCAUUGCUCGUAUCAGACGCACAACUUAUUAAAGAAAAAACAGAAGAACAG